AUACAGUUGAGUGGGUCCACCUGCCAGACGGCUGCAGGUGUUCUCCGCUCCAAACGCAAAAGUAACCAAAUCGUGGAUGGAAUGCAGGAUUUCGAGGCGGGAAAUGAGCGGUAGAAAAGUUUAAAGAACUUUGUGCCAGCAAAUGUCAAAAGGUGCUCUGUGUGACAGAGACCGUGAGCUGCGCUGUCAUGAAGAGGAACAAGCAGAUUGACGUCAAGCGAGCCCUGGCUCUCGCCGGCACCUUUAACUUCCUGUGCUCCUGUGCCGGAGCCUGCCUGCUCCCCUUCCUCACACUGUACUUCAGACAGCUGGGUCUGACCCCUGUGAUGACAGGCUUCGUCAUGGGAACUAAGCACCUCAUAGCGCUGGUCUGGAGCCCCGUGACGAGCCUGCUCUCCAAACACUACAACAAGAGGCGAGUGGUGAUAAACAGCUCUCUUGUGUGUUCGGUAGCGGUCGCUCUGGUUCUGCUGAUCAUCCCACCUGCAGAUGUGCGCCCACAGACCGCCACCUGCAACAUGUCUGAUGUGAGCAGCAGUCCAACCCAAAGUCUAGGUGGUAACCUGCUCAUGAGCAGCGUUGGACUGACCACAUCAUCGACUAGUACUCGCCCUAUAAUCAACACAGCUCUUGUUUCUCAGUCUGGUGUCAGUGAUAAUAAAUCUGCUCCUGUUGUGACCAGCAAACCUUCACUUUAUCAGCAUGAUGAUGAUCAUCAUCCUCCGCUGUCACAAGAGAACGUAUCAGUGGUGGUCAACGACAGUCUUGCAGAACUGAGCAGUGGAACCGUCCUGCACCAGACCACCAGCCCUGUGGCAACUCCGGUAAGGAAUAAGAGAUCCAUGUUCCAAUCAGGGUCAGGAGGAGAAGGAGAAAAGACAGAGGAGAAGGAUGGCCAUUUUGGCUUUCUGGGCAGCCUGAAGGUGAUGGACACUCAUCACCAGCUUUUCUUUUUGAUACUCAUCACUGUGUCAGUGUGGGAGUCUGUGUCAGCCCCGCUGGAGUGGACGGCAGACGACGGCCUGUAUGAAUAUCUAGACUUUGCGGAUGCUGCGGACCGCUACAGCAGCAUCAAGGUGUGGGGUUUACUCGGAGCAGCGUGCGGUGUUGGAGGAGCGGGGUUGCUGGUCAGUCAGAUAAGAUGUCUCAUAGCCGAUCAGACCCCUAGGAGCGCAGUGCAUUUCUACUGCUAUGCUGGUGUGGCUACUCUGGCCCUGCCUGUGGCUACCUACCUCCCUCUCUACCUGAAUAAGAAGCGAGACCGGGCCAACGGGCUCCUGAAAGCUGCGCAGCUGGUGCGUGGCUCCCCCCGCGCUCUGCUCUGUGCAGUCACCACCCUGCUGGUCGGGGUAGCCAGCUCGGCCGUGGAUAACUUCCUCCUGUGGCAGAUGCAGGAUCACGGGAGCAGCGAGCUGCACAUGGGGCUGUCUCUAGCCCUCGGCCUGCUCUCCCAGGCCGCCUUCCCUCUGCUGGCCGGCCAAGUGUCCAAGCUCCUCAGCCCAGGAAAGGUUCUCGCUGUGGGGGCUGCGAGUCUCGGGUUGCAGUGCUUCCAUUAUUCCUUCCUCUGGGGACCAUGGGCUGCACUGCCUGCUCAGUUGUUGAGCUGUUUCAGCAGUGGAGCCCUCUGGUGGGCCGUGAAGGUCCAGUGUGAGGAUGUCGCCACGCCGGGGGCUGAGAGGAGUGUGUGGAGGAUCUACAGUGCACUCUCCCUACACCUGGGAAGCGGGUUGGGGAGCUUUGCUGGAGGGUUUGUGGCGCAGAGGUUUGGGCUGACGUGGCUGUUCAGAGGGGUGGCAGUGUGUGUGAUGUCGUGGUGUGUGUGUCUGCCUCUGCUCCAGUGGAAAGCCCCUCGCCAGCGCAGGAUUAACUAUUCUCGCCUUUUGGCGGCUGAUGCAAGUGAAGCCAGUGACUCUGAGUCUGAACAGGAGAGAGACUGGCUGGAUAAGGCACUGGAAAACGACAGAAGUAAUAACAACUAUGGACAGAGAAUAAACCACUGAAACUACUGAACUCCACAUUGUGAGCGUACAAAACACUAAACAUAGUGCAGCAGAUAGAAGGGAUUUACAUUCCCAAAAUCAUAGAACAUAUUAGAAUAAUUUCUCAUCUUAUUUCCAUCAGUAUGGAAAUAAGUAUUAUCAGUCCCCAACAGAUUUGCACUCUCAGUUACGCUCAUGUCACUCUUUAUCAUCAAGCAGCAUAGGCCAAAACAGGAUAAUUGAUUUCCUACACUGACAGGUUCAAUUGAAAUUAUGCAAUUGUUGAGUUUUUACUCUCAUUACUGCUCAUAACAUUUUCCAGAAUUCAGUGUUGCGGCAUCCCAUCUGUCUUGCCGUUUAAUUAGUCUGCAAGCGUCUGCUGUACUGGUGGGAUUCAUCUCUGGGCCACCUGAGCCUUUACAAAUGAACAUUUGCAUAGAGCAAACAAGGCUGCAGGAUUAUGGGUGGGCAGAAGAAGGACUCACUAACACAAGGGAAGCUCAGCAGCGCAGGUGUCAUGACAAUAGAAACAGUGACGCCUCUAACUGAAGCCUCUCUCUGUGUAAACACAAGACGUGUGCACAAGGUGAGGCUGAACUGGACUUGUUUCACCAAACCCAGUCUGUUUAUCUAGCGCUAAAGCCACUGCAGACUUUGUUUUAGCAAUGUAAGAUUAGCGUGUUAUGCACGCAUGAGCAGAUGUGUUUGUUUAAUCUGUGUUGCAAAGUGUUUGCCCACCCUGUACCUCAUGUCAAAUGGCCCAUUUUGACCUUUUGGCAAAUAAGUCUGCCCUUCAGUCAGUGCGUUCCCUUUCAACAAAUGUCUGAAGAUGUAUGAAGUUAGAAAUGCUAUACGUGGAUAACAAAUGCUGUAAUUGUAUCCAGUGAGGUCAAAUUAAUACUGAGAUAAGUGCUCUUUUAUGUGAUUUAUUUUGUCCCAAAGGUUUUGGUGUCAUCAAAGUUUAUAUGUCUAUGUUGAUGUGCAAGUCUUCAACCUGUUGCAGACCUGAGUAAUGUGAAGACUAAACUAAUCCUGCUAAAAGAAUCAGCCCCCCUGUAUAGCAGGAGCAGCUGAUGUGUGACUCCAGCAUGAGCUCCUCUUGAGUGUUUGCAAUAAAUAAAUAUUCAUAUGAAGUCAAAUCA